AUGUCUUCCUCAAGCGAAAGCAGCUUGUUCAACGUUAUCAUUGUUGGUGGAGGCAUUGCCGGAUUGUCCACGGCAAUUGCGUUGAGAGGACCCAAUCGAAAUAUCACUGUUUUGGAACAGAGUCACCUCAAUCGGGAGAUAGGUGCCACAAUAUCGCUCCAACCAAACGCUUCAAAGAUUGUUGAGAAGCAAUGGGGUCUUGAAGAAACCCUUGCCAAGAAGGGGUCUAUGGCCGACAGAGCUUUCCGUAUUUAUAACACAGAAGGGAAGUUGCAUGCCGAGAUCCCGUUUCAUUUGAAAAAGAGCUAUGGUGCAGAGCGAAUGAUCUAUCAUAGGGUCGAUCUCCAUGAUGCUCUAAAGUCUGCAGCAACAAAGGGCGAAGAUGGCAUCAACCCAGUCAAUAUUCGAACGGGCUGUGUAGUUCAGAAAUGCGAACCCGAAGCUGGAACUGUGAGACUUGAGUCUGGGGAAGUGCUUUCUGCAGACCUAAUCAUUGGGGCUGAUGGAAUCAAGAGCGUCCUUCGUCAAUCCAUCAUCGGAAGGGAAGCCCCCGCGAUACCGACCGGACUGUCUGCAUAUCGGCUGGUGAUUGACAGCUCUGAGCUGGAGCAGGACAAGGAUUUUACAUCCGUGAUAGAUCCAAGAGAGUCAUUCACAACCAUGAUCAUGGGACAUGAUCGACGGAUCAUCAUGGGCCCCGCCAGGAACGGAUCCAUCUACAGCAUUGUAGCUCUAGUACCAGAUGACCAAAUGCAAGAAAACGCCGAAGGCAAAUCGUGGACCACGAAGGGGGAUCCAAACAAACUUAGGGAGACGUUCGAUGUGUUCCCCAAGUGGGCCAAGGCCGUUUUCAAGAACUGCACGGAGGUUGGUCUGUGGCAGUUGCGUGACCUAGACCCAUUGGAUACUUGGCAUCACGGUAGAGCAAUCAUCAUCGGAGAUGCCGCGCAUCCCAUGCUUCCUACGCAAGGCCAAGGUGCCAGCCAGGCGAUCGAAGAUGCAGAAGCCCUUGGAGCGAUCUUUGCAGAUGUCGAGGGGAAGCCAACCAGGCUGGAAAUCGAAACCAGAUUGAAGGCAGUAUUUGACUGUCGUUAUGACAGGGCCACGCUUAUUCAGGGCUACAGUAGGCAAUCCGGUAAGCCGGCAACUGACAAGACCAGUAGCAAAAUCACAAUGAACCCGGCUGAGUUCAUGGACUACAACUGUACCUAUAACGGAGCUAGGGACUGGAUAAAGCGACAAGCUGAAGCCGAGCGAUUGACUCACGUGGGGGAAUCCAAAGAUGUAGGGCCAAUUUCCGUUGCGACGAAACAGAUGGCUACAAUUGCUUUGGGUAGCGAGUGA